UAGAACUAUAUUUCUCAUUUCGAAAUUAUAAAGAUAUUAAUAUAAUUUUUUAAAAGAGCUAAUAUGCAACUUCUCUAUUUAAGCCGGCUCUCGGAAUCCAUUUCUUGUUGUUGCUUUCUGCCCUCAUGGCGGCGGCGAGGGUUCGGGGGGUUACUCGAUGCCGCCACGGGGUUCAUGGCAACGACGGCGUCUUCGAAACCUUACCCAACAGCCAGGAACAGGCGACAUCGGUAGCUUGUACGACACAGGCUGCUGCUCCUUUACCGCCCAGGUGGCCCUUCUCGGUGGCCGGGAAUCGAGUAAUUCGCAGGAAAGGUGGAAGCUUUAUUUCAUAUUUAUGCCACCGAUCUUGCCGAAGAUUCACAUCAGAUAGGCCUUCGCCGCCAGCUGGAGAAGGGAGUCGAUUUGUUGAUGUGGGAGGAAAUCACAGUGUUAAUGCGGGUAAGGAACAAACAAGAGCUACUGUUGAUGAAGUUUGCCGCGUUCUAGAUGGAAGCCCUUGGGGACCCGAGGCGGAGAGACUUCUUUCUGAGAUCCACGCGAAACCCAAUCGAGAAGUCAUCUUCGGUGUCUUAAAAAGACAGACGGAUUUGAACUUGGCGUUAAAGUAUUUCCGGUGGGUGGAAAAGAUUACUGCUGAGCCACACAGUGUAGAAGCAUAUAAUUCUGUUCUAAUGAUUUUGGCUGAUACCGGAAAAUAUGAUUGUCUGGAGAAGCUUUUAGAGGAAAUGAGCAUUCUUGGUUAUGGGUUAUCAAAUAAUGUUUGCAUUGAGCUGGUCAAGAGCUUCAUCAAAUCCAGGAGACUGAGAGUUGCUGUUGAUUCAAUGCAAAUGUUGAGGAAGUUUAAAUUCCGCCCUGCUUUUUCGGCAUAUACAACAUUGAUUGGUGCGCUUGCGAAUGCUCGUGAACCUGAUUUGGCCCUUACCAUGUUUCACCAGAUGCAGGAGGUUGGAUAUGAGCUCAACAUCCAAUUGUUCACAACAAUGGUUCGUGUAUUUGCAAGAGAAGGAAGGCUUGAUGCAGCUCUCUCAGUACUGGAGCAAAUGAAAAGCAACUCAUUCGAAGCAGAUCUGGUGCUUUAUAAUGUCUGCAUUGAUUGUUUUGGUAAAGUGGGCAAAGUUGAUAUGGCUUGGAAGUUCUUUCACGAGCUCAAAGCACAAGGUUUGAGGCCAGAUGAUGUGUCAUAUACUAGCAUGAUCGGGGUUCUAUGGAAAGCAAAUAGGUUAAGUGAAGCUGUCGGACUCUUCGAGGAAAUGGAGCAAGACAGGAAAGUUCCAUGUGCCUUUGCUUAUAAUACCAUGAUAAUGGGCUAUGGCUCUGCUGGAUUGUUUAGUGAUGCUUACAAGUUCCUAGACAGGCUAAGAGAGAAGGGAUGUAUUCCAAGUGUUGUCGCAUACAAUUCAAUUCUUACUUGCCUGGGGAGAAAAGGAAAAGUUGAUGAAGCUCUAAAGCUUUUUGAGGAGAUGAAGAAAGAUGCGGAGCCCAACCUCUCGACCUAUAAUAUUAUCAUUGACAUGCUUUGCACAUCCGGUCAAGUUGAAGCAGCUUACCAAAUCCAGCAUACCAUGGAGAAUGCUGGCUUGUUUCCUAAUGUUCUGACAGUGAAUAUAAUGGUUGAUAGAUUGUGCAAGUCAAAGAAGCUUGAUGAAGCCUGGAAGAUAUUUGAAGGAAUUAGCCAGAAGGGCUGCACUCCUGAUGCUGUGACAUAUUGUUCGCUUAUUGAUGGAUUAGGCAGGACAGGCAAGGUUGAUGAAGCUUAUAGGUUGUUUGAAAGGAUGUUGGAUGCAGGGCACAAUCCUAAUGCUGUUGUGUAUACAUCUCUCAUCAGAAACUUCUUUAGGCAUGACAGAAAAGAGGAUGGGCAUAAGAUAUUCAAAGACAUGAAUCGGCGAGGGUGUCUCCCUGACUUGAUUCUUUUGAAUACUUACAUGGAUUGUGCUUUCAAGGCAGGUGAAGUUGAAAAGGGGCGUUCUAUAUUUGAGGGCAUCAGGGCUCAUGGAUUCCCCCCUGAUGCUCGUAGCUAUUCUAUAUUGAUUCAUGGUCUUACGAAAGCUGGCCAUGCACAAGAGACCUACAAGUUGUUUUAUGACAUGAAAGAGCAAGGUUGUGUACUAGACACACUUGCCUACAAUGCUGUCAUUGAUGGUUUCUGCAAGGCAGGAAAGGUGGAUAAAGCUUACCAGCUUCUUGAAGAGAUGAAGGUCCAGGGUCAUCCUCCAACUGUGGUUACCUAUGGAUCCGUGAUUGAUGGCCUUGCGAAAAUUGACAGGCUUGAUGAGGCUUAUAUGCUAUUUGAAGAAGCAAAAUCACAUGGAACAGUAUUAAAUGUUGUUGUCUAUAGUAACCUAAUUGAUGGGUUUGGAAAGGUGGGGAGGAUAGAUGAAGCUUAUCUUAUUAUGGAAGAGAUGAUGCAGAAGGGUAUAACUCCUAAUGUAUACACUUGGAACUGCCUCAUUGAUGCUUUAGUGAAGGCAGAGGAGAUAAGUGAAGCGCUUGUAUGUUUGCAGUCAAUGAAAGAAAUGAAGUGCGCUCCUAACACCUAUACUUACAGCAUCCUUAUAAAUGGUCUUUGUCGAGUGCAAAAGUAUAAUAAAGCUUUUGUCUUCUGGCAAGAAAUGCAGAAACAGGGUCUGGUUCCUAGUGUUGUCACAUACACAACCAUGAUUUCGGGACUCGCAAAAGUAGGGAAUGUAACGGAGGCUAAUAGAUUGUUUGAAAAGUUUAAAGCAAGCGGUGGUAUUCCUGACUCAGUUAGCUUCAAUGCCCUUAUAGUAGGCAUGAGCAAUGCAAAUAGAGCAAUGGACGCAUACAGGAUUUUUGAGGAAACUCGGCUAAGGGGAUGCAAACUUAGUGCUAAGACUUGUAUUGUUCUGCUAGAUUCACUGCACAAGGCUGAGUGUCUUGAGCAGGCGGCGAUUGUUGGUGCUGUCUUGAGGGAGAUGGCGAAGUCCCAACAUGCUGCUAGAUCUUUGUAGAGCUUGGGAAAUGGAUGAGGAUCAAAGGAAGUUUGUUGUGUCUUGAGGUAAUUCGAUUCUGUUAUUCAAUGAUGCAAGCAAGCUUGGAGGGUUCAUUAAUAUUUACAAACUUCAGCCUAUAUUAUGGGCAGAAAAUUACAGUUAAAAAUCAUCUAUCACCCUGUAAAGGUAUCUGUUCCAGAGAAAGGAUAACUUUUCUGCUCCAACUUGCCAAAUGGAGGCUGUCUUAGAUAUCUGAAGUUACUAUUUAUAUAGGUGCACUAAUUUCGGAGAUUGCCUUACCAGUUGUUUCUGCUAGCUGAUAUCUUGUCACGUUAUAGAGGCUUAGUUGACUGGAAACCUGGAGUCCAGUGGAAGCCAUUUGGAACAGAAAACGACUCAUAUGAUGGUAACAAUGGUAGAUGUCUCGAAAUAGACAUUAUGAUCUAUAGGAUGGACAUAUCCUUACACUGAAGUACAAUAGAGACACAAAUGGUAUAGUAUAGCACAGCUGCUAACAAAUCUAUUCAUUUAUCCCUUCAGUAUCUAACAAGCCAUCUGAUCUUAGCUUCAAGGCAGCGAUUAAUCUGUUGAUGUUGCAGAACUGCUUCGAAGUGCCUUCUGUCAGG